UUCGAAAAACAGUUGAGGGGAAAGAACGAAACCAAAGGCGGUUGGGCAUUCUCCUCCUCCAUGGACGCGUUGAGCAGAGGUGGAGUGGGGAGGCUUCCUUCCUCUCAGAGGCUGCUGCAGGCUGAGUCCCUCUCUCUCUUCGCAGAGGCCGUCCAUCUGGUUCUCUCCGGGUGGACCGCCCUGCGCCUCGCUGUCCACAACGAGUGGGGUGGUGGCAACUCCCGCCAGAAAUAUGAACAAUUGGUCCAAGACCUUGUCUCCUGGUUUAUUUCGUCAAAUGCUCCCAUUCAUAUAGACGAGUUGGAAAUGAUGCUUGAUGAGAAGAUGGUGCUUUGUUUCAAUACAGAAAUUGAAGAUGGUAGUGUUGAGGAGGUGGCGGAACAAUUAAUGACUAUACAUGAAGAUUGUCUUGAAGGGAAUUAUGACUCGGUGUCUAAGCUGAGGAAACCUUGCAAGGAAUGGCUGCAAACUUUUCAAAGCAAAGAGUUAAUUGACAGGAAUGCGGAUGGAAGUUCUGACGAGGAAUAUGAGCCGGCAUUAGAUGAUGAAUUGGAUCCGCUGCAAGAUGAGCCAGGAGAUGUUGGUAGAUGGCCUGUUAUUUUUGCAGGGUGAAAUAGUGAGUAGGCUGAAGGUCUCUCGAUAUCCUGUAUGUAUUUGCCUUACUGCAGUCUCAAGGCAUGCACGAUGCUUGAUGGAGGAUGGUUGUCUUCUCCAUCAAGUCAAGAUGAGUCUUCAGCGAAAGUGAAUUUGGCAGAGUUCAUGGCCUCAACUAUAGGGCGCACGAUUUUAGCCUCGUUUCACCAAACGAGAGUUUCCGCUUUUCUCUUCUUGUCUGUCGCAUUCUUUCGCUGUAUGCUUUCUCGUCCUUUUCAGGGAAGGGACCAACUUUCACCAGAAUCAUUGGGUUAAGGUACAUCCAACUGGUUUCGAAGGACAAUGGUAAUGAAUUUCUGCAGUUUAAUUUGCGAAGUU